AAGCUGCUGGGCUCCCAGAGGACGUGAGUCCACGCGGACUGCCAGACGAUGGCGCCCUUGAGGCGAGAUUCGGAUCGGGGACACUCUGGGGUACGGGGCGGCAGGGAACCGCUCGCGGGUGCAAAGACUUCGACGUGCAGAUCUUCUCGUGGAUCCAAUUCGUGCUACUGGGGACUCUUUGGCUGGGCUUUGUUUUGACAUCGAGGCAUACUGCCCCCUGAUCUUUGGCCUAGCGAGGCCCGUGUAUCUUUGGAAAUCGUGACCUCGUUGAGCCAGGCACUCCGAACUUUUGAGCUUGCGCCUCGAGCUCCACGUUCCGUGCCAUGAAACAACGUCCUUCCAUCAAGACGUCUGGAUGUGGGUCAGCCAGUCUGAAGGAUGGACGCUGCGAAGCCUUGCAAGGCUUGGCCCGACCGACCUUCAGGCCGCGAGUGAAAAGGAGGAGGAGCAUCCAACCCGUGCGUUGGUGUUGCCAAAGAAGCCAGUCAAUCUUGUGUUUGCUCUGGAAACUUGGCUCGAGGGUACUCAUCAACACUGACACAACAACAGCUCGCAAUGGUUGCCCGAUGGGUCUGGUGCCAGUGCUUGAGGAAUCGCAGGCCGCUCAAGCGCUUUUCGAAUAGCCAUGGCGAUGAUGCGGACCAGGACCAAAAGCCGAGGUAUGUGCCUCUGCCUUCUCGGGAUUGCAUUGGCGCUGCUCGUGCACCCGAGCACGGACUUUGCUCGAGGAGUUCCUGGGCUGAAGGACAGCAUAUCGGUGGCAAAACGGCACCCGUUGCAUGCCGGAGUCGCUCGGCUCGCCGGGGCUGCGCAAGAGGACAACAGUGCCGAGGCCGGGGACACGCUCUUCUUCCAUGAAGGAUGCCAGCCAUGUAAAAAUCAGCAGUGUCCGCCUCCAUGCGAAGUUCACAAUGCUCUUGAAGUGUAUUGGCAGACCCUUACCUUUUGACCCCCGGCGGCGAGAUAGCAUAGUUGAUCUUUGUGACUGUACAGGCAAUUUGGGGCAUUCGGGGAGCGAAAGGAGCUUUGAGUGUCAGUCCAGUGCAAGGGCAUCGGCAAGGUGGCGUCUUUGACGGCUCCAGCAGCGCCAGCGGCAACCAGAGUGC